GAUUACGUGCUUUAAUGACGUUUAUUUUGAUCAGUCAGUUCUCAGUUCAGUUGUCACAAGGUGCGCGCAACAGCUAACGUACUCUCCUCUUGGGUAUCAAAUAUAGUUUAGAGUUCCAGUCAGAUUUGUCGUUAAAAAUGACGCUUUUUAUGAACGCUUGCGCUUUUUUAGUCAAAGUCCUCACUCUCCCGCUGUACAUUGCAGAGGUGAUUGGACUUUUCUAUUUCUACAAACGCGUCUUUCCUCUAAUCGUCUAUAAAAUGUCAAUCUCCUACAAUGACAAAAUGAAAGACAACAAAAGGGAACUAUUUCGAAACCUGGACAAGUUCUACCCCACGAAAGGCUCUCUGCGUAUCUUGGAGGUGGGCUGCGGAUCCGGGGCGAACUUCGAGCACUACCCGACGGGCGCCAGGAUCACAUGCACCGACCCCAACCCGCAUUUCCAAAAGUACCUGAAGAAAAGUAUGACCAAGAACGACCAACUCGUUUAUGACAGCUUCAUAGUGGCGUCAGGGGAGAAUCUAAAGGCGGUGGAGGACAACUCCGUGGAUGUUGUGGUGUGCACGCUGGUUCUGUGCUCAGUACAGGAUUCACCGAAGGUUCUGCAAGAAGCAAAGAGAGUUCUAAGGCCUGGAGGAGCAUUUUUCUUCCUUGAACAUGUGGUGUCUGACCCAUCAAGCUGGACCUACUUUUUUCAACAUGUUCUUCAACCAUUCUGGUACUAUUUCGGUGAUGGCUGUGAGACGACCCGUGCUACUUGGAAGCACCUCGAGGCAGCUGGCUUCUCUGACCUGCAGCUACGUCACAUCCAAGCCCCGCUGUUUUUUAUGAUCAAACCACACAUUGUUGGUUAUGCAGUCAAAUAGUGAAAAUUAUUUUUGCCUCCAAAAAACUACCUUCAUUCAAAAUUUUUUCGUUUCACCUAGCUGUUCGUAUGCAAGAGCAGUUUGUGUUAAACCAUUAAAAGAAAGUUUUUGUUUAAUAUGCAGACACUAAAUCUCAAGACUGCGUUGUAUAUUUUAUGGAGUACAAAAAUUCAGGCAGGUAAAAUCACAAAAUACUUUUAUCUAUAACAGGCUUUUGGAGAUGAAUGUAGGCCAGCUAUGGUGAGGUUGUUAAUUUAUAAAUGAGCCAUACUGCUAUGUAGUGGUUAGGGGAAUGUGUCCUUAAUACUUUGUAAUAUAGUUGAAUACUCAAGAAGACCACUUUGCAUUCUCCAGGUGUAAUUUUUUCCCCCCCAAUGCCUCUGACUAUUAAAAUUCCGGUUAUAAAACACUGUACUCACAAAAAGUAAUUUCUUGCUGAUAAAUCAGAAAAAAGAACAAUGUAUUUUUUUUUUCAAUUACCAAAUAUUUUCACAUUGUCAUUGACUGUUGAAACACUAUGGUAUGAAUAAAAAGAAAAAUUAAA